CUUCGAAGCUCUGCAAUCAGAUAAAAAUCCUCUAGCUCAAGAUGAGAGAAAUCGUUCACAUCCAAGGCGGGCAAUGUGGCAACCAGAUUGGUGCCAAGUUCUGGGAGGUCAUCUGCGACGAGCAUGGCGUGGAUCCCGUGGGUAUCUACCAGGGGGACAGCGACCUGCAGCUGGAGCGGAUGAAUGUCUACUUCAAUGAGGCCAGCGGAGGUCGCUACGUGCCUCGUGCGGUGCUCAUGGACCUGGAGCCCGGCACAAUGGACUCCGUGCGUUCCGGCCCCUUUGGACAGAUUUUCAGGCCCGACAACUUCAUCUUCGGCCAGACCGGAGCGGGAAACAACUGGGCCAAGGGCCACUACACCGAAGGUGCCGAGCUCAUCGACUCGGUGCUGGAUGUUGUGCGGAAGGAGGCAGAGAGCUGCGACUGCCUACAAGGCUUCCAGGUCUGCCACUCCUUGGGAGGUGGCACUGGGUCCGGGAUGGGAACCCUGCUCAUCAGCAAGAUCCGUGAGGAGUACCCCGACCGUAUGAUGCUGACGUUCUCGGUGGUGCCCUCCCCCAAAGUGUCCGACACGGUGGUGGAGCCCUACAACGCCACGCUGUCAGUGCACCAGCUGGUGGAGAACGCGGACGAGUGCAUGGUGCUCGACAAUGAGGCCCUGUAUGACAUCUGCUUCCGCACCCUCAAGCUCACCACCCCCACCUUCGGAGACCUCAAUCACCUCAUCUCCGCCGUCAUGUCCGGCAUCACCUGCUGCCUGCGCUUCCCAGGCCAGCUGAACGCUGACCUGCGCAAGCUGGCGGUGAACCUGAUCCCCUUCCCCCGCCUGCACUUCUUCAUGGUGGGCUUCACCCCCCUGACCUCGCGCGGCAGCCAGCAGUACCGCGCCCUCUCCGUGCCCGAGCUGACCCAGCAGAUGUGGGAUGCCAAGAACAUGAUGUGCGCCGCCGACCCCCGCCACGGCCGCUACCUCACCGCCUCCGCCCUCUUCCGCGGACGCAUGUCCUCCAAGGAGGUCGACGAGCAGAUGCUCAACGUCCAGAACAAGAACUCUUCCUACUUUGUGGAGUGGAUCCCCAACAAUGUCAAGUCCUCCAUCUGUGACAUCCCCCCCAAGGGCCUCAAGAUGGCCGCCACCUUUGUGGGCAACUCAACCGCCAUCCAGGAGAUGUUCAAGCGCGUCAGCGAGCAGUUCACUGCCAUGUUCAGGCGCAAGGCUUUCCUCCACUGGUACACAGGCGAGGGCAUGGAUGAGAUGGAGUUCACAGAGGCAGAGUCCAACAUGAAUGACUUGGUCAGCGAGUACCAGCAGUACCAAGACGCCUCAGCCGAGGAGGAGGGCGAGUUUGACGAGGAGGAGUUGUGAGCAGCCACUGCUGUCCUGUAGCCGUCACCUGCUCUGAUUCUGUUGACACUGCAGACGCCACCUUCCUUGGCGGAGUCACUUUGACUGGGGCCAAGGCCGCCCGUUCACAGCCUAUUGGCACCUGCCAAGUAUCAGGCAAACUUCUUUUUUGGGUGUCUCAUGUGGGAGCAGUUCUGUCUUCGUGGAUGUCUCCUGUUGUGAUGAUCCCGGGUCAUGGUGCUCAUCUCGGAGCGCGCUAGUCAUCAAUGGCUUGCGUGGAGCUGUGAGCACGGCUGCAAGAUGAUGCCUGGUGUUGAGCUUGUGAGCCCUGGCAGCUCAAACAGCAUCUGGGAAAUGUGUUCCCUUUCAAGUUGCAGCUACAUCAGUAUGGCAGUCUGGAAGACAGCGUCCAAAGACUGGAAAGAACUCGUCCCAACAGGAUGCGGACACAAAGGCUCUGAAUGUCUGAGAUUGGUACUUUUCUAGACCAUGCCACUAAAACGGCUUACUCUCUCUUGCUAAAUCGUUAUUGUGCUUGCUUACUUGGGCCUUCAACAAAUUACUCGACAUGCCUGAUAUUGAGACAUUGCCGAUGGUAAGGACUGGGGUGCAUAGAAUGCUGCAUUGCAGCACUGGUUGUGAAGUCCUGUGACACCUCAAGACCUGUUUAGAACCAUGACCUCAAGAUAAUUGCAAUGCAGUACUGUUCACUACUAGUUCAGGCCUGAAAACGCACGAGGGGCAGCGCUUCAAGAGAGGCCUCCAUUGCCACCCCUUACUGGAACUCGAUAACUUUCAGGGCAGGUGAUUGAGUGCUGCGCCGGUUGAUAUUUAAGUAAAUUGUAAUGAUGUCAAAAGUAUGUUCUGCACCUGUUUGCACAGUCUGCACCUUACAAUCACGGCAUGCACGUGCUCCUCCUGCACCUGCAUACCCUUCCGCAAGGUUGCAAGCAUGUUUGCAUAUCCUUGCGCACUGCGCACAAAUUGGCAAUUUGAAAACUCACGACUUCAGACCAGUAUAUAUCAUGCUAUUAUGAGCUUUGUCAACACAUCGUCUUGACAUUUACUUCCGGAGGAUCCUGCUGAAGAAUAGUCCAUGCUAGGGGGAAUACAAGACGAGCACCUUGAACUCUCCCCGUCCCUUUUAAAAAAUUCUGGAAAUGUCUAAAUCGAGUCGUUAUUUUGAGUCCCCUGACAGAUUCCGGAAGGCUGGACCUAGCUAUAGCUCUGAGAGCUCCACUGAAGAGCCUGUCCC